UAAUUAUUAGAGUUCAGACCUUUGAACGUGCAUUGGAGGGGAGGGUAUUAUUGGGGGAGGGUAUUAUUGUUUCAACCUCUUGCUGGAGAGGGAUGAGAAUUUUGCGAAAUCCUUAUAUGGACAGAGUUUGCCGUUUCAUUUACAAUGAUUGUGAUUAUGGUGAACGCAAUGGGGGUUUGGACAAUGUUCUUAAAAGAAAGUUGGCUAGUUCAAAAGAAGAUGAAACUUCAUCACAACAUAAAAAUAAUUCCGAAACAACAUCACAACAAACGCUACAAACACAACAAAAUAAUGCGAACAGAGAAGAAUUAUUGUCAAAACAAACAUCUUUAAUACAACAACAAUUAAUUAGAGCAACAACAACUGCUAUAAUGAAAUCUGAACAUUUAAUUAACGAGUUCUCUGCUAAUAAUCCAACAAAAAAUCCAACUCCACAAAGAACAACAGAAUCUCAACCAAUUCCAAAACCUAAAAAUUCCGAACCUCUGAGAGAACAAAUGCAAAAUGUUGUAGUUCGUAUAAAAAAUGCAAUUUCUGAAGUUUCUCAAUCACAAAAUGAACAAAUAAGAACAGGUGUUUCUACAAAUGGAAGUAGUUCUUCAUCUCACACAGAGACGUUAAAUAGCAAUGAGUGUAUGAUGCCUGAUGAUCCAGAAAUAAUAGAUAUAGAUGAUGAGGAUGGUGAUGAAGAAAUUGCUGUUAACAAUGCUGAAGCGCUUUGGGGAAAGGAGGAUUUAGUAAAUAUGAAACUUGGAAGAAAACACGACGAUAAUUUCGCCCCCGUGCAAUGCUUAAAAUGUGGGGAGUGGGUUAAAGGAAGAGCUAUUUGUCUUCUUUAUCAUAUAAACACUCGUCAUUUAAUGCUGCCUAUAUUCAAGUGUUUAGCUUGUCCAAAGGACUUUUAUUAUGUAAAUGAGACAGCUCCAAAGAAGCACAUGAUCAGUUUUCAUCAAAGCGACUUCUCCCAAUUCGAGAACAAUUAUAUGAAAUAUUCGCAAAUUUUGCGGGAUAGUCGAGCUGAAUUUUAUGGGGAGGCUUUAAUGAAUCAAAUGGGAGUUAUUGCAGCUCAAAAGACAUUUGCUGGUGACAAAAGAAAAAAGGCUAAUAAUUCAAAAAAGGAGGGGAUUAAUAAGAAACCAAACAGUGGGUCCAAAUCUCAGGCUAACAUGCCAACAACUAGUAGCAGUAAUAGUUCAACCACAACUGUUGAAAAAAUUUUAGAACAAAUUCAGUCGUCUUGUGUUCCAAAAAUGGAGAAUAUUAAUAAUCGGAAGAAAAUUAUUACAAAGCGGACUUAA